UAAAGCACCUCACACACUCUCACACACACUCACACACCCACACCCACUCCCUCCUCCAGCCCCAUCGCCCUUGCCAUGGCCGCGUCCACCCUGUCCGUCUGCUCCAGCGACCUGAGCUAUGGCAGCCGCGUCUGCCUGCCCGGGGCCUCGGACUCCUGCCCCGACUCCUCCUGGCAGGUGGACGACUGCCCAGAGAGCUGCUGCGAGCCCCCGUGCUGCGCCCCGGCCCCCUGCCUGACCCUCCUGUGCGGCCCCUCCUCCCCCUGCCAGGGAGACUGCUGCACCCCUGCAUGCUGCAAGCCCGUCUGCUGCACCCCUGCGUGCUGCAAGCCCGUGUGCUGCACCCCUGUGUGCUGCAAGCCCGUGUGCUGCACCCCUGUGUGCUGCGAGGACUCCCCCUGCUCAGCCCCCUCCUGCUGCCAGCCCAGCCCCUGCUGCAGACCCUCCACCUGCGUGUCCCUGCUCUGCCGCCCCGUGUGCAGGCCCGCCUGCUGCACCCCUGUCUGCUGCAAGCCCGUGUGCUGCACCCCUGUCUGCUGCGAGGACUCCCCCUGCUCAGGCCCCUCCUGCUGCCAGCCCAGCCCCUGCUGCAGACCCUCCUCCAGUGUAUCCCUGCUCUGCCGCCCCGUGUGCAGGCCUGCCUGCUGCACCCCUAUCUGCUGCAAGCCCGUCUGCUGCACCCCUGUCUGCUGCGAGGACUCCCCCUGCUCACCCCCCUCCUGCUGCCAGCCCAGCCCCUGCUGCAGGCCCUCCUCCUGCGUGUCCCUGCUCUGCCGCCCCGUGUGCAGGCCCACCUGCUGUGCCCCUGCCUCCUCCUGCUGCCGCCCGGCCUCCUGCGUGUCCCUGCUCUGCCGCCCCGCGUGCCCCCGCCCUGCCUGCUGCGGCCCCGCCUCAGGCCAGUCCUGCUGCUGAUGGGCACGUCCCCCCAGGGCCAGCUGGGCUCAGGUCCCACCUGGUGACUGUGGUCCUCCUGGCCACCCCUCAGUCAGUCCUGACCUGUGUUAGGUGGCUGCCCCCACCCAGGACGGGGUCCCCCAUGUGUCCACUCUCCUGACCUGACCUUGACCUCCUGCCUCCCAGGAACGCUGACCCCGCGGCUUCCCGGGACUUCUGCUCCCAGGAGGCACCUGCACCUGUUCUGGGUCACCUGUCCUUCCCUCCUCCUUUCUCUGCUUAGGUCACUUGACCUCGACUCCUAACCUGUCAGUACCUCCUUGGGUACCCCAAUAAACUCACUUCACCAGCUGA